UAAGGUUUGGGGGAUUGAAUUCAUUUAAUAAAGAGAAGUGGCAACAAGAAAGCUUGGUGGGUGGGUGUGUCAGAUUUUGGCGUGCAUGACUGAGCAAGCCAGCAAGGUUUUCAAACUUCAACGGUAAAAAACCUGAUUUGUGUAUGUGUUUUAUAAGUUUGGAACUUGAAAGAAAUCUUUAUAAUAAUCUCUAGUAGUAGGGAAAGCAAGAACAAAGAAACAGAGUAAUCAGAUUGGGAAAAAAAUAAAGCAUAGUGGGUGGAGUCAGAUUUGUGAUGUGAGGUGUCUGUAAUUUGGGAAUUGUUUAGUGUAGAAACCUUGUUGGCUAUGUCUCCCGGGCUGACUUCUUGUGCCCGGACUCCGUGGGCUUUGCUGCCGUCCAAGGCAACAGCCACUUCUGUGGUUCUCUUCCCAUUCAAGAGAGCCUAUUGUUAAAAAUAUUACAAAAAUCCCCACCAUCCCAUCUUCACCAGUUAUCUCUUUUAUUUCUCUUACUCACACUCCUUGAUUUCUGUCAAGAUUCGGUCAUACCUUAUAGUAGCAUACAUACUUCCCCACCUAUUUGAGAUCCUUCUUUACUGUCCUCAAAGCCCAGAGAUUUUGUCACCUCCAAUAGUUUGGUCCCCACACCUGGGGCAUCCCUUUCCAUUUGUGGGAAAUUUUCCUUGAGCUGGGUAAAUAUUCAAGUGAUGGGGAUUCGUGGUUGUAAGGUACAGUAUUUGAUGUAAAAGCAAUCAGUUGAGUAGCGUGGAAGGCUCUAUAGACAUUUUAGACGGAUAGAUCUUUUGGUUGCAAAGAUGAAGUAUAUGAAACUUGGAUCUAAGCCUGAUUCUUUUCAGACCGAUGGGAACAAUGUUAGGUAUGCAGCUAGUGAGUUGGCAACUGAUAUUAUUAUCAAUGUUGGGGAAGUAAAAUUUUAUCUGCACAAGUUUCCUCUUCUGUCAAAAAGUACUCUGUUGCAGAAGUUAGUUGCAUCCGGUAAUGGUGACAACAGUGAUGAAGUCGACAUAUCUAACAUCCCUGGUGGGCCUGCUUCCUUUGAGAUAUGUGUCAAAUUUUGCUAUGGUAUUACUGUCACCCUCAAUGCUUAUAACGUCGUCGCGGCUCGUUGCACGGCUGAAUACCUUGGAAUGCAUGAAAGUGUAGAGAAAGGCAACCUUAUUCACAAAAUUGAAGUCUUCCUCACCUCUUGCAUUUUCCGCAGCUGGAAGGACUCAAUCAUUGUUGUUCAGACCACAAAGUCUCUAUUGCCACUAUCUGAGGACUUGAAGGUGGUUAGCCGCUGCAUAGACGCUAUAGCUACCAAGACCUGUGUUGAUGUUUCCAGAGUUGACUGGUCUUAUACAUAUAACAGAAAGAAGCUCCAGGAGGAAAAUGGGGAUGAUCCAAAUCUGAAUGAUCUCAGACACCGAUCAGUUCCCAUGGACUGGUGGGCUGAAGAUUUAUGUGAGCUCGAAAUUGAUUUGUAUAGGCGUGUAAUCAUGAACAUUAAGACCAGUGCAGUAGUUCCCAGUGACGUCAUUGGAGAAGCCUUGAAAACUUAUGCCUACAUGAGGUUGCCUGGUUUAAACAAGGGAAUGAUCAAGAGUGGGGAGAUGCUCAAGUCUCGACCAGUUGUAGAUACCAUUGUGUGGCUGUUGCCUGCAGAUAAAGACUCUGUAUCUACUAGAUUUUUGCUCAAGUUAAUGAAAGCAGCUUUAUGCGUGGACGCAGUAGAUAUGGUUAAGGCACAGCUAAUACAGAGAAUAGGACAGCAACUAGAGGGUGCAUCCAUAAAUGAUCUUUUGAUACUAUCAGCAGAAGGGGAAAAAGGGGAAACUGUGUAUGAUGUUGACACUAUAAAGACUAUUGUACAAGAAUUUCUGAUGCAGGAUCAGAUUAUUGAUACUGCGUCGCCAGAAGUGGCCCAAGAGGUUCUGGAGAUAAGAAGACCGGGCAUUUUAUCAGAUGCUUCAAAGCUAAUGGUGGCAAAAAUGACAGAUGCAUACCUUGCUGAAAUUGCAAAGGAUCACAAUUUACCGCUGUCAAAGUUUAUUGAGCUUGCCGAUAUGGUGUCUGGAAUACCCCGGCCUGUUCAUGAUGGGCUUUAUCGUGCUAUUGACAUAUAUCUAAAGGAACACCCAGGAAUCAGUAAGAGCGAAAGAAAAAGGAUCUGCAAGCUGAUGGACUGCAAGAAGCUAUCUGUUGAUGCAUGCAUGCAUGUGGUGCAAAAUGAACGGCUCCCUUUGCGAGUACUAGUGCAAGUACUCUUCAAUGAGCAGGUCAGGGUAGCUGCUUCAUCUGGUUGCAGCACUCCAGAUCCACAUAGAAGCAUCAGGGAUCUAAACUGCGAUUCUCGUGGGAGCUCAAGGUCAGCAACAACUAACCAAGAAGAAGAGUUGGACCCAGCUGCAACAGCUGAGGAGCUCAGAGCCCUAAAGAGGGAGCUAGCUUCACUGCGGUUGAGCAAUGGAGUGGCAACAAUGGAGAGAAAUGGAGAAAGUAAAAAUGGAGUAGACAGAGCUGCCAUUGGUAAGAUGAAAGGGUUGCUUAAGUCCAAGAAGAAGAUCCUCACCAAGCUUUGGUCAAGCAAAGGUGGACAUGGUGAAAACAGCGGCUCAGAUUCUCCGGAGAGCCUUGGAUCAGCAAACUUUGAUGAAGCUAAGUGCACUCCAUCCAGAAACAGGAGGUAUUCAGUCUCCUAGUGAAAAUUAGUUAACAUAGAAUAGUUUUUUCUCUUCAUGGUUUUUCUUUUGGUGGCUUUUCUGGACUUACCUUUGUCAAUGUCUUGAGCUAUGAAUGAAGCAUAAUUGAAUAUGGACAAUGUUAAUGAAAAAGAGAAUAACUUAAAAGGAAGCAGUGGGU